AUGAUAUACAUUCUUAUUUCUAACGGUGCAAACCCCAAUAUCAAAGAUAAAAAUGGAUACUAUCCUAUUCAUUUAGCAACAAAAUUGAAAGAUUUUGACAUAGUUGGAUUUCUUGUAUCUAAUAGCAUCAAAUAUACAGUUGAUGUCGAUGCGAAAAACAAUGAUGAUAAGACUGCUCUUCAUGUUGCAGUUUUAAAUAAUUCUUUGAGGAUUGUUAAACUUCUUAUUUCGCACGGAGCAAAUAUUAAUGCAGUAGAUAAGGGAAAUAUUACGCCAUUUCAAUAUGCAAUAAGAAAUUAUCAUAGAGAAAUUAUCAAAAUUUUCAUUUCAAAAGAAGGAGAUGUAAAUACAAAAGUAGAAAAUGGAUUAUCAAUUCUACAUUUUGCUGCGAUUUUUGGCGAUAAAGAAAUGAUCGAAAUUCUCAUUUCGAACGGAAUCGAUAUCAAUUCUAGAAUCCAAGCAACUAGUCAAUCAGCACUUCAUAUCUCUUUAAUGUUAAAUUAUAUAAAUUUCAUUGAAUUUCCGACUUUUGAUAGCCAUGAAAUUUUUGAGUUUCUCAUUGAGAAUGGAGCUGAUAUCAACGCAAAAGAUAUCAAUGGCAAAUCAAUUUUUCAUUAUGCCGUUAAGUAUAAUAAUAUUAAAGCUAUCGAAUAUCUUAUUUCACAUAAUGUUAAUGUGAAUGCUGCUAAUAACAAAGGACAAACGGCUCUUCAUUAUGCAAUAAUCAAACAUCACCAAUUUUCUCGUUUCACAUGGUUCAGAUGUCAAUGUCCAAGAUAA